AAGCGUUCACUUCCUCAUUUGCGAACAAAGCCUCAAACUACCAACCAAGGUAUUAUCCACUGUAUCGAGAGGUAUGUAUUAUCAGAGAAAAUGUUGUAUGCGCUCGACCAAAUAGGAGAAGGAGUAGAUGAGCCUUAUAAGGUUGACGUUCUUACCGCUUUGAUGUGGUGUGAGGACGCCUGGUCGAAGGUUACUGCUGAUACUGUAAUGAUCGAGACGUGA